UUCCCUCUCCUCGUCCACAUCUUCUUCCCUCCUCAUCAUCAUCGCCGUGACGAGCACAUCUUCCCACUUGAAGCGUUGAAGAUGGAAGCAGUACAGGCAACAAGGUGCUAUGCUGGAUAGACUGCAACGUCUAGUUUUCCAUUCAAGUCAGCAGUGCCCUGCCUGAUUGCCACGGUUCCAUUCCAUAGAAAGUGAGAUCAGAGAUGUGGACAACAAAGCAACUCUGCAUCGCAGUUCUGAUCACCUUCUUUUCACCGCUUAUCGUGCGACAUUUGAUAGCCAACAGCCCCAUAUCAGCAACAUCCCGCUAUCAAAUUCUCCAUGCCAAUCCCCUUGCAUGGCUGAGCAACCGAGCGGACGCAGAUGCACCAGCAGCCAGUCCAGCAAAUGCUCAGGCAGUACCAUCACCAGCGGAAGAUUCAAGCAGCAUGGAUCACAGAAACUCCUCUACCGAAAGGCUACACUGGCUAGACACAUGGAACCAUAUGAAGCAGCUAGCCAACGUCUCCACUGGCCUUCCCCAUGCGACCGAAGCGAUCAAAGAUGCAAGAACCGCAUGGGAAAGCUUGACGACGGCAACGGUUCAAAAUGCAACUUCUCCGGGGACAGAAUGCAACCUCUGUCCAUACUCGGUUCGCAGAAUGAACGCUUCCAAGUCGGCGGGUGGUCACUUUGCCAUGGACAUACCGUGUGGGCUUGUUGUAGGUUCCUCCAUAACUGUCAUAGGCACUCCUGGCAGCCUCUCUGGUAACUUCUGGAUUGAUCUCGUCGGGACGGCGCUCCCGGGGGAACCUGAAGAACCCAUUGUGCUGCGGUACGGUGUUCGUCUAACUGGCGAUAAACUUGCUCAAGGUCCGGUCAUAGUGCAGAACGCCUUCACUGCAAGUAAUGGCUGGGGUUAUGAGGAUCGUUGUCCCUGCAGCAACUCCAACAAUGCAACUCCAGUGGAUGAUUUGGAGAGAUGUAAUUCCAUGGUGGGUAGAGAAGAAAAGAGCAGAAUGAACUCUACACGUCACACUGGUCCCAAGCAAGGUGGAAAGCCGAGCACAUAUUUUCCAUUUAAGCAGGGAUACCUUGCUAUCACAACUCUCAGGAUAGCGCUCGAAGGAAUCCAUAUGACGGUUGAUGGGAAACAUGUUACUUCAUUUGCAUACCGAGCGGGCUCGGAACCUUGGUUUGGUACUCAAGUAAGGAUUUCUGGUGACUUCAAGCUAGCAAGUGCCAUUGCAAGUGGACUGCCUACCUCUGAGGACUUGGAGAAUAGCUUGGAUCUUGAAAUGUUGAAGUCAUCACCUAUUCCAGACGGCAAAGAUCUCGACCUUCUGAUCGGCAUCUUCUCAACAGCAAACAACUUCAAGCGUAGAAUGGCGAUUCGGAGGACGUGGAUGCAGUAUGAUGCAGUGCGUAACGGAACAGUUGCGGUCCGAUUUUUCGUUGGCUUGCAUACAAACCUGAUGGUAAAUAAGGAACUCCAGAAUGAGGCACGCGCAUAUGGUGACAUUCAGGUGUUGCCCUUUGUUGAUUACUACAGCCUAAUUACAUGGAAGACACUGGCAAUAUGCAUCUAUGGGACCAGUGCCGUGUCGGCCAAGUACCUGAUGAAAACAGACGAUGAUGCUUUUGUUCGAGUGCACGAAAUCUACUCCACGGUAAAACAGCUGAAUGUCAGCAACGGUCUGCUCUAUGGUCGCAUCAAUUCGGACUCGGGUCCUCAUAGAAAUAGUGAAAGCAAGUGGUACAUAAGCCCAGAGGAAUGGCCUGAAGAGAGAUACCCACCAUGGGCUCAUGGACCAGGAUAUGUGGUUUCAGAAGACAUUGCAAAGACAAUCAACAUUUGGUAUAAAACAAGUCGUCUAAAGAUGUUCAAACUAGAAGAUGUGGCAAUGGGCAUAUGGGUUGGCAAAAUGAAGAAUGACGGUUUACCGGUGAGAUACGAAACAGAUGAAAGGAUUCACAUUGAUGGCUGCAAGGAGGGGUACAUUGUUGCUCACUAUCAAGAACCUAGGAAUUUGCUAUGCAUGUGGGAGACAUUCUUAAGGACAAAUCAAGCAAUGUGCUGCAACUAACUAAUCCAGAAGCAAUUCUGAUGCUGUGAAUAUAAUUUUGUAAAUUCAAGAAUAUAUUUUAAAAAAUUAUGAACAAUUUUAAAUAUCUGUGAAAAACGGGUCUUUUUUCGAAGGGGGGUGCUGUCAGCCUCCUUACGGCGGACAAGGCACAGCGAUGAGGGCAUAGAUGUUGGAGACGGGGAGCUUCGAAGACGCCAGGUACCACAUUAUGUCAUUAUCAGCCUACCAUAUAAGUCCAGUGUGGAAAUUAUAGGAUGACUAAUAUUGUGUGUUGUUGUAUUGUAUUGAUCUAACCCUUGUAGGGGUAUAUAUAGGAGUACAUGAGGGAUAGAGGCUUGGAGUACAAGAGAAGUUACAUGUGGUUUAAACUAAUUCUAUCUCUAUCUCCUUAUCUCUAACUUAAACCCAAUUAUACUUCUAACAUCCAGCACAGCUGAACAACAGCUGUAUCUGUCUAGGUACAAACAAUUCACGGUAGACACAAGAUCUUGAGCUAUCAAAGGGUCUGCUAAAUGUGUGUGAAAGCACUGAAAACAUUACCACUGACUACAUAUAUCUAAUUAGUCAAAAUCAAUCAAAGCAACAAGGAGAAUCACGAAAAAACAAAAAUUAAAUUGACAAGCAUUGAACUCACAGUUCACAUUGUAACUUGGUUUACUCCGUUUUAUGCCCAGUGCAUCAGAGGUGUCUCAAUCUAGCCAAUACAAGCCUUUAAACCAUGUACCAAUACAAGUUUUAAACCAUGUAUCAAUACAAGUUUUAAACCAUGUACAGUUAAUAUACCAUGUAUUUUUUUAUAGAGAAAAAUAGCAUGUACUCACCCCGUAAAGAAAUA